UCCGCCGCCCCCGCCCGCGCAGUCGCUCACCCGGACCAUCUGAUCUUUGUCCUACGUAAGACCGUCGCUCCGCCUCGCUCUCCUAUCGGACCGUUUCCCCUACCGCAUCCAUUUUUUGUGCAUUGAAGAAAUCUCUUGGAGUUAGCAGCAGCAGCGGCGGCAACCAGGAGGGAAUCGCGGGGAGGCGAUUACCGCGAUAAGGGAUCGCGCGCCCUACCAUUGGACGAUGCGCGAGAGCUCUCCGUAAGCGGCAGCAGCCAUGGGUUAGACUGCAUUCACCAUGAUUUCGAAAUAAAAGCAGCAUCUACACCUGAGAAAUGUCAGCUCGGGGGGCCCCGGCCGCGUCCCCUGCGGCUCCCGCUCCGCCGGACCUGAGCCACCUCACCGAGGAGGAGAGGAAGAUCAUCCUCUCGGUCAUGGAGCGACAGAAGAAAGAGGAGGAGAAAGAGCAGUCCACGCUGAAGGAACCUCCAAAAGAAGACACAAAGCCUCAGCCAGCUCAGUGGAACCCUUUCAGUGGAAUCACUGAGCUGGUUAGUAAUGUUCUUCAGCCCCAGUCAAAGUCCCCCAGUGAGGAGCAGCCAACGCCGAAGCUGCACCAGCAGUUUGAGAUGUACAAGGACCAGGUGAAGAAGAUCGGAGAGGAGGCUCCGAAGAACCCGGAGCAGAAGGGAGACUCGCCCACCUGUGGGAUCUGCCACAAAACCAAGUUUGCCAAUGGCUGCGGCCACGUCUGUUCUUAUUGCCAAACCAAGUUCUGUGCGCGCUGCGGAGGACGCGUCUCCCUCCGCUCCAACAAAGUAAUGUGGGUAUGCAACCUGUGCCGAAAACAACAAGAAAUCCUCACAAAGUCGGGAGCAUGGUUCUACAGCAGUCCUGAGGGCUCCAGAUCAGGGCCCCAAGCCAAAGUAAGGGAAGGCCCAGCCAGUGCAAACCAGGACCCUCUCAGAAACGGUUCAGGGAUCCCAGACAG